AUGGAUCAAUCACAACCCGAACAAGACGUAACCGAGAAAGUCAAUGUCUUUACACUUCCUCCGAGUGAAGGUAGCAAUGAAAAGCCUGAAGAUUUCGACAAGGCCCCCGAUGGCGGUCUUCAAGCGUGGCUCACUACGGCCGGAGCUGCUUUCACCUUCUUCGCAGCCCUUGGUUUCGCCAACUCCUUCGGUGUUUUCGAAGAAUAUUACUUAUCACAUCAGUUGAAAGAUCAACCAGCGGACAAAAUUGCAUGGAUUGGAUCUCUGUCGACCUUCCUUCAGCUCGCAUCAGGAGCUGUGGGCGGUCCGUUAUUUGAUCGAUACGGGGCUUGGGUUAUCCGACCAGCAGCAGUAGCCUACGUAUUUUCUCUCAUGAUGACGAGUCUAUGUGAGAAGUACUGGCAGUUUAUGCUCGCACAGGGAGUUUUACUGGGUAUCUCCAUGGGCCUGCUGCAAUUCCCUUCAAUGGCGGCAGUGAUGCAGUAUUUCGAUAGGAAUAUUGCAGCAGCAUUGGGUGCGGCAGUUGCUGGUUCGUCUAUUGGUGGAGUCGUCAUUCCUAUCGCUCUCUCGAAGAUGCUCAAUAGCACAUCACUUGGGUUCGGGUGGUCCGUACGAAUCAUUGGAUUUGUCGUCACUCCACUGCUGGCUUUUUCAUGCUUGACGGUGAAAGCCCGGCUACCGCCCCGAAAGACAUCGUUUUACUUGCCCUCAGCAUUUACUAAGAUCGACUUUUGCCUCCUUGUUUCGGCAAUGUUCUUCAUGUUCUUCGGAUUUUUCACUCCUUUGUUCUAUAUGCCGAUAUAUGCAGUUAGUCGGGGCAUGGAUGCGACUCUCGCCUCAUAUCUAGUAGCAAUUCUCAAUGCUGCUUCAACAUUUGGUCGAGUCAUCCCCGGUGUACUGGCAGACAAGGUUGGUCGAUUGAACGUUUUGUCAGUCGGUGGAAUCAUCACUGGGGUUCUUAUAUUCUGCAUGAACAAACCCCAAUCAAACGCAGCUCUGAUUGUGUAUUCGGUCAUCUUCGGCUUUUGGUCUGGGACAAUCAUCUCCGGAGCAACAGCUGCACUCUCGAUAUUGAUUCCGGAUCCCAGAACCACAGGUACCUACCUUGGAAUGGCAUUGGGAGUGUCCUCAAUGGCUGCAUUGAUCGGACCCCCAGUCAAUGGCGUUCUUGUGACCAAAUACCACGGAUUUGCUGAAGUCUCCGUGCUGAGCGGAACAACAUGCGUGUUUGGUGGACUUCUUGCACUCGCAAUAAAAGCGCAAACACCCCAAGGCCUUCUAGGGCGGGUAUAA